UGUCAGCCUCGGCAGCGAGACGAUCAUGCAAAGUGCCAUGUUCCUGGCUGUCCAGCACGACUGCGGAUCCAUGGACACGAACGCAGGCAACGGCCAUAAGAGCGAGGAGAAGCGGGAGAACAUGAAGCGGACCCUGUUAAAAGAUUGGAAGACCCGUUUGAGCUACUUCUUGCAACAUUCCUCCUCUCCUGGAAAGCCCAAAACUGGCAAGAAGAACAAACAGCAGACCUUUAUCAGGCCUUCCCCUGAGGAAGCACAGCUGUGGUCCGAAGCAUUCGAUGAGCUGCUAGCCAGUAAAUAUGGUCUUGCUGCAUUCAGGGCUUUUCUAAAGUCUGAAUUCUGUGAAGAAAAUAUUGAAUUCUGGCUGGCCUGUGAAGAUUUCAAAAAAACCAAGUCACCCCAAAAGCUGUCCUCAAAAGCAAAGAAAAUAUAUACUGACUUCAUAGAGAAAGAAGCUCCAAAAGAGAUAAACAUAGACUUUCAAACCAAAACCCUAAUUGCCCAGAAUAUCCAAGACGCUACAAGUGGCUGCUUUGCGACCGCCCAGAAAAGGGUCUACAGCCUGAUGGAGAACAACUCCUACCCCCGCUUCCUGGAGUCGGCAUUCUACCAGGACUUGUGUAAAAGGCCGCAGAUCACCACAGAGCCCCAUGCUACAUGAGCUGACAACGGACACCCGGAGGUGGAGGACCUUUCAUUUUGUUCCUAAGGGGAAAGGCUGUGGCCUACCCCUGGAGACUGACCUUGAAUUCAGCCUAGGUGUUCGGGAGAUGUCACUCAGAGCUGUUGACUCAAAGCUGGGUAGUGACUGGGAAGCUGGCGGACAUCUAGCAGCAGCCUGGGCUGCGAGUGGCCUCAGUGACUGUACGGAACGCAGGGAGGGAGUGGUCUGGCUGUGGAGUGUCUCCCGCUGGAAAAGCAACAACUUGGGACUGAAAGAGAUGAUGGAUAACUAUUGGUCCAAAUGCAUUUUUAAAGUCAAUAGCUCUGGGAUGGUGUGGCCUUAGCUAGCUGGCUGUACAUCUUUCCCGAAAUCAGUCCAUGUUACCACACAGUGGUUCUAGUUUUAGAUUGUUUUAGUACUAAGUAACAGUAAAAUGUUUACUAUGUGCAAGCAUAUCAAAGUUGUUAUGACUACAGAUCAUCAACCCUAUCGUGUUGUAACGCUAAAACUGAAAUGGUCUGUGUUUUAAUUGUUAAAUGGUGUGUCACAGAAUGAGUGCUGUUGUGUAGAGAAGACAGUGUCAUUAUGAGUGCCAAAACCUGUCCUGAAGGCAGCUAAACUUUGAAGUGGUCUUUGCAUACUUUUAAUAAAUUUAUUUUGAUAAGUAAUGUCAUUGAA